AUGGGCGGUGGUUUUGAUUGUGCUUCAGCUGAAGAACUCUAUCUUGUGCGUGCAACAUGUGGCGUCGAUUUUGACUAUGCAACACGUAUCAUUUUUGCCCAUCCGUGUAAGAGUGUCUCUCAUAUAAAACAAUUUCGCGAGGCUGGCGUACAAAUGACGGUGGUGGAUAAUGAAGAUGAGCUCAAAAAAUUAAAGGAACACUGGCCUGAAGCGAAAGUUCUUCUUCGUCUGAAACCCGACGAUAAAGGUUCUCUUAGUCCGUUCUCAACGAAAUUUGGUGCCAACGAACUUGAAUGCAUUACUCUACUAAGACUGGCUCGUCAAUUAGGCGUUCAACUCGUUGGCUGCUCGUUUCACGUCGGAAGUCGAUGUCUUGAUGCACAAAUCUACAUGCAGUCUCUUCGACAAGCUAGACGUCUUUUUGAUAUUGCUGGUCGAGAUGAAUUUGGUUUUGACUUCAAAGUAUUGGAUAUCGGUGGCGGUUUUUCAGGUCACAACUGGGAUAAACCGAGCUUUCCUGAAGUGGCCAAGUUGAUCAACAAGAAGUUGGACAAGCUUUUUCCUGAAUCAGAAGGUAUCACUCUCAUGUCGGAGCCUGGUCGUUAUUUUGCAUCUGGUGAAGAAGUAAUCAAAGUUGAACGUUCAUUCUCUUUGCCAACAAAUUCACUAGUACAAGUAGCGAAUACUGAUCAAAGUACAGUGUCUGAACAGGUGCUCAUUGAAUGUGCUGAAAAUAUAUACUAUAUCAAUGAUGGUAUCUAUGGAACGUUCAAUGCUAUCAUUUUCGACCAUAAAGUGUUCACUGUGCACUAUCUCAAAAUAGGAGAACAAGAAAACAAUCCUGAGCAGCAUAAAUCGGUGAUUUUUGGACCAACGUGCGACUCUAUUGAUUGUAUUGCUCAUUCAAUUGAUCUACCGUUGUUGGACAUUGGUGACGUGCUGUGGUUUCCAGAUGUAGGUGCAUAUACCAGUGCAUGUGCAUCGGAUUUUAAUGGGUUUAAAACAAAAAAUACAUUUUUAUUUGGAAGGGUUAGAUGUUGUGUAUUAAAAAUAAAUAAACUAGCUAUUGUCUUAAAAUAG